AUGGGUAACAGGAGAGAGGAAGCAACAGAGCAGUGGGGGGAGGAGGGGGCAGAGGAAGGAAAGGGAAGCAAGGCCAUGAAGGGGAGGGGAAGGGAUGGGAGGGCAAGAAGGAACAAGGGGGAUAACAAGGGUGGAUCAGGGAGGUCGCAGACAGGAGACAGGAGAAGAGGUAAGAGGGCGGGGAGAAAGGAGAGAGACGGGGAGAGCAGGAAAGGAGGGAAGGAGGAGCAGCGCCUAGAAAAAAGCACAGAAGGGAAGGAGAGGAGCGGGGGGGGAACGGUCAGACAUGAGCCACAAAAGAGGCAAGGAGGGCACAGGAGGACGCAGCAAGGACAAAGAGAAGAGAGGAAAGCUAGCAGAAGGAAGGAGAAGCAAAAGGAGAAGGGGAGGCAGGACACAGAGGAGGAGCAGGAGGAAGAGGAAGAGAGGCCGCAGAAAGUAGAAGCAGGAGGGGGGGGGAAACAGGGAAGGGAACAGAAGACAAGGGGCAGAGAAUAG